ACAGCCUCAGUCUGUCCUGACACAUCCACUGCUCAGCUGGAGAAUCCUUGUUGGAAUAAAAAGUUACAUUUCUAGGCUCAUAUUGUCCAAGUUUCCUGCCAAUUAAAGAAGAUGGCUCAGUGGUGCCAGCUCCAGAUGCUGGACUGUAAGUACCUGGAGCAGGUGGACCAGCUGUACGAUGACUCGUUCCCCAUGGACAUCCGACAGUACCUGAGCAAGUGGAUCGAGAGCAUCGACUGGGACACGGUGGCCAUUCAGGACUCGCUGGCCACCGUUCGGUUCCACGACCUCCUGGCUCAGCUGGACGACCAACACAGCCGCUUCGCCCUGGAGAACAACUUCCUGCUGCAGCACAACAUCCGCAAGAUCAAGAGGAACCUGCAGGAUCGGUUCCAGGAGGAUCCAGUCCACAUGGCUAUGAUCAUCUCCAGAAACCUGAAGGAGGAGAAGAAGAUCCUGGAAAAUGCAAAGAUCACCGAACAGGAGAGUGAGGGCGCGGUGUCGGCCAUGGUGGUGGAGAAACAGAAGCUGGACAACAAAGUGAAGGAGAUGAAAGACAGAGUUCAGGUGGCUGAUCAGAACAUUAAGAACCUAGAAGAUCUGCAGGAUGAGUACGACUUUAAAGUCAACACCCUGAAGAACAGAGAGAAUGAAAUGAACGGCAUGACACCAAAGGAGCUGGAGAAAGAGAAGUUGACGGUCGGGAGGAUGUGCCUCGAGCUGAAAGCCAAACGACAGGACGUGGUGACCCAGCUGACCGACCUCCUGAACGUCACCCAGGCGCUGCUGUCGGACCUGAUCUCCGAGGAGCUGCCGGAGUGGAAGCAGCGGCAGCAGAUCGCCUGUAUCGGAGGUCCGCCCAACGCCUGUGUGGACCAGCUGCAGAACUGGUUCACAUCAGUAGCAGAGAGUCUCCAGCAGGUUCGUCAGCACCUGAAGAAGCUGCAGGAGUUGGAGCAGAAGUUCACCUACGACAGCGACCCCAUCACACAGAAGAAAGCUUACCUGGAGGCCCGAGCCCUGGACCUCCUCAAGAACCUCCUCUCCAACUCUCUGGUCGUAGAGAGGCAGCCCUGCAUGCCCACCCACCCACAGAGACCCCUGGUGCUGAAAACAGGCGUCCAGUUCACAGUGAAACUCCGAUUUCUGGUGAAGCUGCAGGAGUUUAACUACCAGCUCAAAGUCAAGGCCAUGUUUGAUAAAGAUGUGACGGAGAAGAAAGGCUUUCGGAAGUUCAAUAUUUUGGGAACAAACACCAAAGUUAUGAACAUGGAGGAGUCGAACGGCAGCCUGGCAGCAGAGUUCAGACAUUUGCAACUGAAAGAGCAGAAAGUUGCCGGCAACAGAACGAAUGAGGGUCCUCUGAUCGUCACAGAGGAGCUUCACUCGCUCAGCUUCGAGUCGGAGCUGCAGCUCAACCAGUCGGGACUCAACAUAAAGCUGGAGGCCAUUUCUCUGCCUGUUGUGGUCAUCUCUAACGUCUGUCAGCUGCCCAGCGGCUGGGCCUCCAUCCUCUGGUACAACAUGCUGACCAGUUCCCUCUUCCUCUUUCCUCGUCUUCAGAAUCUGAAGUUCUUCCUGACCCCUCCCACGGCCAAGUGGUCUCAGCUGUCCGAGGUCCUCAGCUGGCAGUUCUCCGCCGUCACCAAGCGAGGCAUGAACCAGGAGCAGCUCAACAUGCUGGCUGACAAGCUGCUGGGUUCUAAAGCCCAGAGGAACCCAGAGGGACAAAUCCCCUGGGUCAAGUUCUGCAAGCAGAGUGCCAACGAGAAAGCUUUUCCCUUCUGGUUGUGGAUCGAAGGAAUCCUGGAUCUGAUCAAAAGACACCUGCUUUCCCUCUGGAACGACGGCUCCAUCAUGGGCUUCCUCAGUAAGGAGAGGGAGAAGGCCCUGCUGAGUGAUAAGUGUCCUGGUACCUUCCUGCUCCGCUUCAGUGAGAGCAGCAAGGAGGGAGCCAUCACCUUCACCUGGAUCGAACACGACGUCCACGACAAGCCGCUCUUCCACUCCGUGGAGCCGUACACGAAGAAGGAGCUGACCGCCGUCUCUCUGCCCGACAUCAUCCGCACCUACAAGGUGAUGGCGGCGGAGAACAUCCCGGAGAACCCGCUCCGCUUCCUCUACCCCAACAUCCCGAAAGACAAGGCCUUCGGGAAGUACUACCCCAAACCCUCAGAGACUCCAGAGCCAAUGGACGUGGAGAACGGUCCGGAGAAGAGCGGCUACAUGAAGACGGAGCUCAUAUCCGUCUCAGAAGUACAUCCGUCCAGACUGCACGACAACAUGAUGCCCAUGUCUCCUGAUGACUACAAGGUUCUGUCGCAGUACGUCAGUCCCAGAGACAUCGAUGCUGUGACCAACAAUCUGAUUUCUGGAUUUGGACAGUUUGACGUUCAGAUGAGUUCAGAGUUUCCGGACCAAAACUGAAAGAGUUUCUUCACUUGGGCCACGUCUUCGAACCGUUCUUUCUUCUUUCUUUCAUGUCAUAAGAUCUUAGUGGUGUGGGAAAGACCUUGAAUACAGGUCAGAGCAGUAGCCCCAUUUGGACGAGAUUAGCAUAUCAGAUAUGGCCUCAAUAGAUCUUUAAGUUUUUAUCAUCCAAGUAAUGCAGUUACUUCCUUUUAAAAUCAUCCGUCCGCUCAAAGAGAAAUACAACCAGUCUGAAUGGGGCCUGAGACAUGAUCUGUCACUUUAUUUGUGUACAUAUAUAUUCCCUUUUAUUAAAUAAGAUAAUCCUUUAUUAGUCCCGCAGUGUGAAUGUGAACUUUAAACUCCUAAAUAAUCCCAACUGUAAAACAGUUGCAUUUUAGAAUGUGAUUCUGCAUGCAAAUAUAAUUUUCUGUGUGAAGCUGUGAGUUUAAAUCUUCAUUUUACAGUACGUGAAAAAUCAUCUUGACAUAAAAUGUACGUGUUAAGAUUUCCUGUAGCUAUUUUAUUUAAGAAGCUGUAUCAUUGGCUUUGGGUUUCACAAUUGAUGGAAGCAAACGCAAUUUAACCACUUUAUGAUGGGAUGUUCAUCUGCAUAAUUGGGAAAUUUAGACUGUGUAUAGCUGAGACUCAUAUUUCAGUAUUAAACCAGCCUGGUGGAUGCAAGUUCUCAUUUUGUGUUGCUCUUUUUUUAUUGCAGAAAAAUGCUUUAAAUAAACCAAUACAUUCAA